AUGGUUAUAGCUGAUGAAGAAGGUUUAUCAUUUGUGUCAGAUAGACAUACAUCGAUUGCUAAAUCAAUUGGAAACAUCUACCCAUUGGAUAAACAUGGUAUUUGCAUCCACCACUUGAUUAGUAAUGUGAUAACAUAUAAUAAGGGCAGAGGUGUCGCUGGUAUGGUUGCAAAAGCAUCAAAAGCUUAUAGAGUUGCUGAGUUUGAGAAAGAGUUUGCGCUAAUUAACAAUAUUAGUCCUGCUAUUGGAAGUUAUCUAGAGGAAGCCGAUGUGAGAAAAUGGGCUCGCUGUCAUUUUCCGGAUUAUAGAUAUGACAUUAACACCAACAAUGCGGCUGAGUCAAUCAAUGCAGCUUUGAGGUCACCCAGAGAGUAUCCAAUAAUUCAUUUGUUAGACAGCAUCAGAGAAAUGAUGACACACUGGUUUUAUGAGAGUAGAGAGUUAAGUGCAAAGCAAAAAAAUCCUUUAACUGUUGAGGUGGAGAAAAAGAUUUCAAGAAGAAUAGAGAAAGGUAAAUUCAUGAACGGUUAUCCGAUGAGCAGAUCCAUGUUGCAGGUUAAAGGUAAUGGAGUAGAUUACAUUGUUGACUUAGAAAGAAGGACUUGUUCAUGUGGAAAGUUCAGCAUAGGAAAAUUCCCUUGUAGACAUGCUAUAAAAGGAGCUUUUGAUAUAGGCAAGGAUCUAUAUCCUUAUGCUGAUGAUGUGUAUACCGCUACCGCAUGGAGAUCGCAAUAUGAGGAAACUAUCAAUCCAAUAGGUGUUCCUGAAGAAGAAUGUUGA